AUGCCACGCAUCACCAGUAAGGAAACUGUCUGUUUGCGCGUUGGAGGAGCAGGAGGCAGAAAGCCAGCGCCCGGCUGGCCCUUGGCUCGCUGGGUUCCGUGCCGGUGCCCUGCGACGGGCCGAGGCGGUGGCUCCCAGGAGGAGGAGGCCAUGACGCAGGACCGUGCCGGUCGGUGCAAACCUGCGAAGCCUGUCCGUGGCAAUACAGCGGGCAGUCGGAUGGCCGAGCACCGGCAAGGCUGGGUCCAGCAAGAACAAAGAAACCACUCCGCAGAACCAGUAAUAGAUGACUAUAAAAAGAUGGGGACUCUCUUUGGCGAACUAAACAAAAGCCUUAUCAGAAUAGGCUUCACAAGGAUGUACUUUGGAGAACGGAUAGUAGAACCUGUAAUAAUUAUGUUCUUCUGGGUUAUGCUCUGGUUUCUUGGCCUACAAGCUCUUGGACUGGUUGCUGUUCUGUGCCUUGUCAUUAUUUAUGUACAACAGUAA